AUGGGCGACAAUAACAUCGCGCUCCGUCCGUACUUCGAACAGAGCGGCUUCUACCAGCGGAGCUCUGGAGAGCAGGCCUACCCGCCCGGGUUCCUCGGCUUCCCGAACUACCAGCAGACGCGCGGCCAGGAGUCGCCCUUCGUGGACCCGACUGGCGCGUGCAAGCUCUACCCGGGCAACGAUGUGUCGGCCACCGCCUACAAAGUCGACUGCUCCAAGGAGCCGAACGGCUACAGCCCCAAGGAGCUGAGCGGCUGGCCGGGCUCGCGCUGGGGAGAGACGGACAGAUCUGGCAGCACUGGGGAGAGACCAGAGACGGCUCCCCGGCAGCGCCCCACCGUUGGCGUCCAUUGGACGCGGCGGGCACGACACGGUGUCCACCUGGCCACAUGGGCGCAGUGGCCAGCUGCGUCCAAAAGCGCCAGCACACUGCACCGGGACACCAGAGCGGGCAUCCAGUGGGAGGGCUCGUGUGGGUCGCAUGCCGAGGGCGACGAGAUCAGUGCCGAGGAGUCGGGCAGCUGGUUCGGGCUGCUGGCGGCCGCCGCUCCGCAGCUCGGCCCGCAGCCCCUUUUAUCAGCACUUGCCCUCUGCUUGGCCAUCUAA